AUGUACAAUCGUCAUAUGCACAUGGAACACGUCUUCCAGCAGUACUACCAGCAGCUCCACCAGCACAUCCUCCAGCAGCACAACUUCUACAAGCACUUCGUCGACCAGUACCUCCUCCACCUCAACCAGUUCGAGUUCAACUACUUCAACUUCAACCAGUUCGUCAUCGACAAGCAGCACAUCCACAUCUUCCAGUUCAACGAGCACAACCUCAACCAGCACGUCCUCCAGCAGCACCACCAGCACCUCCAGCAGCUCGACAUCGACCAGCUCUACGUCGACGAGUUCUUCAUCAACAUCAUCGACGAGUACGUCCUCAUCCAGUACUUCGACCAGCAGCACAUCAACAAGUUCUUCGACCACAAGCUCGACUUCGACCUCGUCAUCCAGUACCUCCUCGACCAGCACUUCUUCUACAACAAGUUCUACAACAAGCAGCAGCACCACAUCGACAACAAGCUCUUCCACCUCCACGUCGUCGACAACAACCUGGACCAACACGACAACCACCACAACCACCACCUCGAGUUCCACCACCUCCACCUCAACGACCUCCUCAUCGAGCACGACCAUCACCAUCACGAGUCCCAGCCCAAGCUUGUCUCCUGUGCAGUUGCAGAGCGUGCGCAGCUACUCUUGGUUGUGGUGGAAGCGGUGGCCUUGCGCGCGAUCGGUGCGCUCGAUCGGGCAGAAGAGGACGCAAACCUCUUGUCCGCCCUCCUGGAGAGCUUGGAAGGGGAGCCCCUCGUCGAGCCCUUGGUGACCACUUCAAGCACGGCUGUCGGCGCGGAGGUCACAGUGACAAUGUUGACCUUUGUGGCAGCUGCCAACACAGGCCAAAACAUCAUGCAAAUCGAGACCGUGGUGAGCGACGGCAGCUUUGCACCGCGGGUGAGUGUCCCUCUGGCCGUCCUUGACCAAAUCAGCGGUGGAUCCUCCGGCCCGGUUGCAAUCACCACCGGCAAGCUGCCGAUGCAGUUUUCCCGCGACAUUGAGGCCGUCGGAGCAGCCAAAGCGAGGAUGGACUUGAACGUCUCCGACGCCGAGGCUGCCCCGGCGCUCGCCACGCAGCCCUUCUCCAUCACGGUCUACGACAGCAAUGGGGAGCCGAUCCGAGGCAUUCAGCUGGCCCAACCGAUGACGCUGCAACUGGCGGAAGACGCAAACGACUCCAUCGCGUGCGCCUUCUUCAACCAGACAUCUUUCCGGUGGUCGACCUCCGGAUUGAGGCGUGUUCGACCAAACAUGGGAAAUGCCAGCACGACGCCAUCUGGAGCGCCAGUGCCCUUGAUUUGUGAGACAGACCACUUGAGUAUCUUCAGUGGUGUCAUUGCCAUGCCUGCCGAAGACAUGGAAGGAUACGUGGAGGUCCCUUUCGAAGAGUCGAACGUUGCAAACGGCGGCAUCAGCCCGGGCACCGGCGGCGGAGACUCGGUCCAGCAUCCUGGCAACGGCGGCGGGGUCGACCAGGUGGUUGACGUGGUCGACCAAGUGUUGAGAUGCACAAGGGCUGCCGGCAUCUUCUCCGCAGACGGUAUGAAUGCAGUGGGACGAGGCGCAUGGACGUCGUCGAGCUCUGCCACUGCCCUCUUCGUGAGCCUGGCGCUCUUCGGUGCCGCGGCUUUCGCGGCUUUCGCCCGAGAUAUCAGCCGCAACCAGACCAAGUGGAUGGGGCAGCUGAUGUCCCUGAGCUACACUGACAACGAGCAGGAGGAGGAGGACGAAGAGGAGGAAAAAGAGGAGAAGGCGCGGAGCCUUUGCAAGUACUGCAUCCUCGUGUUGCAGGGCCUCCAGGCGGGUGUUGACCCCGAGUCCCUGGAGCUGGCGAUUUUGGUCAGGACAGUGGGCAGCAAGCAAGGGGGCGAGCUGACGAAGGGCAAGAGUCCUCUCUAUGCCGCUGCCGUGAAGCUGGCCGAUAUUAUCAACGUCUCUUCCGGCUACGCCAAAGCGACGAACCUGUUCUUAGAGGCGAAUUGGCUCGCCCGAAUGCUCCUGCUCUUCCCGGCUGUCCACCGCUCACUCGCAGCGGGGCAUGGCAGCCUCAUCUACUCCCGUACAUCGAAGGUCGUGGUCAUCUUCUUGAAGAUCUUCUUUGCGGGCGCUUUGGCGGCUCUCUUCUUCCAGUCUGGGGCAUCAGGAAAUGACUCCGAAGCUGGAUGCAUAGAAGGGGCGGGCCUUGGAAUUACUCUGCUUCUGGGCUUGGCCUCGGCGUUGGUCAGUGACUUGAUGAUCUACGGCCUCGUGUCUCUGAGGAGACAAAACUUUAAAUCCGCCCAUGGCAAUGUGGAGCUCCAGUUAAAGGUCAAGGAGUGGCGUGUUCGGAACCUCCUCUUCUGGGCAAUCUCCUUGCUGAUUCUCAUAAUCUCCGUUUACGUGAUUAUGGCCUUCUUUGCGACGGUCACACCCACAGAUACCGAGACCUGGGCAGCAGGCGCUUUGGUCGUGCUCCUGGAGGAGUUCUUUUUUGGUCCUUUGCUCCUGGCAGGGGCCUAUUCUCUCCUGGUGACGCACACCUUGGAAGAUGCGGCAAUCGGUCAAUCCAUGAGGAUGGCUGCGGGAGCUGUCCAGGCACCGUUCCGCGCCUGGGAUGGGCCCUCGGCGGCGGAUUUCAGGGUUCCUAUCCCACACGAGGCCUCGGCACAGGGUGGCCAGCUCCGGGCCCUGGGCGCGGCUCCACAGGAG